UGCGUAAAACGGCAAACCGCGCUUAAUCCAAGCUUCGACCACGUGGCUAGCAAACGGGGAAUAUAAUCCAGUGUGCCAAGUGAUUGGCAGUGAGAAUGUUGUACCUGCAACUAAUAGUAGUCUUGAGAUAUUGUUAUUCUUGUGUGUGACUUUUCUAACGACGAUAUCUACGGUAUCAAUCUAGCAUGUUACUGCGAUUCGGGGUUACAUGAGCUAGGGCAGGGAUAUUCUGUUAGCAGAUAAAUUUGUGACCUGCUGAUAGCCGGUUGAUCGCUAUAAGUUUUAACUCACAAGAUUUGCGGCUUAUCGGCUGCGGGAUCCGACCUAUUCAUGGCUUCACAUGCUAACGGCGAUAUACCUAUUAUUAUGGAAACCGCAAUAAUUGAUGAUGAAGUUGAGGAUGAAACUAAAGGUGGCGUAGAGAAUAGCAACGGUGUUGAAAAUGAGAAAUCUGUGAAGUUUACUGUCACAAGAGUCAAGAAUGACUUAAACAGAGUUAAAUCAGAAACUGAAGUGUCUCGACUUGCAACUCGCAAUCAUCUGACACCAUUUGAUUUCCAAGACAGUGCCUCAGAACCAUCAGAUACUUUGGUUCAAAAUAGUAUUACAGCCUUAUUGUCUUCCAAAUUUCGGGAUAUCAGCAAGAGAAUCAGACAGUAUGGAGAUACACCAAGAUUUAGAAAAAGACUGGUUUCCAAAUGGGAGAGUCUUGACUAUGAUCUCAUUGAAAGUGAAUUACAAGCUCAGGAAGAAGAAACAAAUAAAUCAAAGAGAAAAUUGACAUUAAUGUUUAUAAGUCGAUGGAUUAUUAUGUUUGCUGUGGGUAUUGGGACUGCAUUGUUAGCUGCUGGUGUACAGAUCUCUGUGGAAAUAAUUGCUCAUGAAAAAUUUCAUCUCAUCCAAAAGUAUAUUGAUCGAUGUUCAACAGAGUCUUGUACUUUAUUUUUACCAAUAGGAAUAUGGGUUGUUAUCAAUGUUGUUAUUACUUUACUUGGUGCUGCUUUAGUUACAUAUGUACAGCCUGUUGCUGCAGGAAGUGGUAUUCCUUUUAUUAAAUCAUACCUGAAUGGUGUCCGUAUACCGGGACUAUUAAACUUUAAGGCUUUCAUUGCAAAAACUCUUGGAGUAAUUUUAUCCAUCCUUGGAGGAUUAGCAUGUGGGAAGGAAGGGCCAAUGGCUCAUUCAGGUGGUAUAAUGGCAGCUGGAUUUGCCAAAGGAAGAAUGAGGUAUGGAAAGAAAAAGGAAAUAAAAUUUUAUGAUGCUUUUCGGUCAGACCAUGAAAUACGUGAUUUUGUGGCAGCAGGUGCAGCUUCAGGUGUUUCUGCUGCUUUUGGAGCUCCGGUCGGAGGGACUUUGUUUAGUGUGGAGGAAGCUGCCAGCUUCUGGAACACAGAAUUAGUAUGGAGAGUAUUUUUCUCGGCUAUGGUUGCAUGUUUUAGUACAAAUUUUUUACUAAGUGCCUUCGAAGGACAUCCAACGCAUUUAUCUUCCCCUGGUUUAGUGCGGUUCAGUACAUUCCAAAAUCUUUCUUUUGAUCUGAUUGAAAUUCCAGUGUUUUUAGUAAUGGCUGUCAUAGGUGGCCUUGCUGGUGCUUUAUUUGUUGUUUUGAAUUACAAGUUAACUGUUUUUAGAAGAAAAUACAUUCGCAGAAAGUGGCUGAAGGUUUUAGAAGCUGGAAUUGUGUCCCUAGCAGGUGCUCUUUUGGCCUUUCUACUCAUGUAUUCUGUUGAUGAAUGUACAGAAGUUAAACAUUAUAGUGAUCAUGCCAUAACUGCCCAGAUGUUUUGUAAAGAUAAAAGCCACAAUUCAAUGUCAUCUUUAUUUUUAACAACCCCGGAAGGUUGCCUUAAAGCUUUAUUACAUGAUCCUCAUGAUGCAUAUGGAGUGAUACCGUUAACAGUUUUUAUUGUUGUGUUUUUUUUGUUGGGUGUAUGGACAUACGGAUUAAGUGUUUCAAGUGGCGUUUUUAUUCCAUCAUUAGCAAUAGGUGCAGCAUGGGGUAGAUUAAUAGGAUUAGGUGUUGUGGAACUCUUUCCUCAUCAUGCCAAAGAUGUUGGUAAAUAUGCUUUAAUUGGAGCAGCAUCUAUGUUAGGUGGUAUUUUGCGAACAACUAUAAGUUUAACAGUUAUAAUAGUAGAAUGUACAGGAGAUAUUUCUUUUGGCCUUCCUAUUAUGUUAACACUAAUGAUAUCGAAGUGGGUUGGUGACUUUUUUACUACAGGUUUAUAUGAUAUGAAUGUAGAAGUGAGUGGUAUACCAUUAUUGUCAUGGGAACCUCCACCACUUUGUGAAAAUAUUAAAGCCAGUGAGGUUAUGAGUCAACCUGUUUUAUCAUUACAUACAGAAGAAAAAGUGGGAUCUAUUUUAGAAAUAUUAGAAUCAGAAACUUAUGGUGGUUUUCCUGUUGUUGAAACUAAUCCAAAGUAUCGUCAAUAUUAUAGUGGUAAAUUGAAAGGACUCAUUUUAAAAAAUCAGUUAUUAGUUUUACUAAAGAAAAAGAUUUUUGCUCCAGAAGGUAUGCUUCCACCAGAAGCCAAUAUAAGAUGUAAAGAUUUUGAUAAUCCUUAUCCAGUAGGACAAAGACUUACAUUAAAGGAUAUUGAAGUAACAGAGGAAGAGAAAGAACAUUUGAUUGAUCUGAAGCCCUACAUGAAUUUCAGCCCUUAUACAGUUGGACCAUCAUUUUCCAUGCCAAGAGUAUUUAAACUAUUCCGUGGUUUAGGGUUGAGACAUUUGAUUGUUGUAAAUAAUAAUUAUGAGCCUGUUGGUAUGGUCACAAGAAAAGAUCUAGCUAAAUACAGAGCAGAGUCCAAAAGAGGAAUGUUGAAAGUAGAACAUUUAAAGAUAGAAAAUGUGUAAAAUCCAACAACUGUCUUUUGUUCAUGUUUAUAUGGAAUCUUUAAAUUCUUCAAUAUUUAAGGGAAAGAAAUAUGUUUGUUCAUAACCAAAAAAUGUUGACAGUAUUAUUAUUUGCUAAAUAUUGACACCUGUAUUUAAGCACUCUUUACCAAACAAUAAUUACAGAACUACUCUGGGAUAUAUCAAAUAUAUAGGUAUAUAUGCAAUUGUUUACCAGGAUAUUAUGUAAAACAAAUGUAUGACAAAAUAUAUAAGAUCUGGUAAUUUCCUAAACAACGACAAUGUGAUGUAAUAUCUGAGAACAUCAUGUAUGAUAAUAAUGCUCCCAGAUAUUAGAAAGUGUUUUUCUAUUUGGAUAUUAAAUGGUCACCGUAUCUUUUUAUUUUGUGCUAAAUCAUGGCCAUAUGAAAUAAAUAUUCUGGUUCUCAGAUAAUCCCGCUCAAUUCACAAGGGUCGCAUGACAUAUUUUUAUUUUAAAAAAUAAAGUCUCAUUAAUUACGAUAGGUAAAUAUCUCACCUUGGUUAAAGGAAGUAAAUAUAAAAAAAAUUAAAUGAAUGCAUAGACUCAGUUAUCAAGUACACAACACUAAUAAUGUUAAUGACCAUACAUUCCAAUAAACAACAUAAGAUAAAUGCAGUGCCUUGAAAUUAGAUGUGUAUGAGAAGUCAUUUAAACAUGCAUUAUGCAAGAGCUAAAUCGAUCUGUUGCUGGUCUUUCUUAGGCCUGAAAUGUUAUGUAAAUUAUUAAUUUAACGUAAAAAUGUAUAUUCGAGACUUUAUCAUACCAAUUUCCGUAAUGGCUAAUAUGUUGGUUCAGAAUGAAGCAAUUUGACUGAAAUUUUCAGCAUAUUUGUUCAAUUUCUAUUUAUUAACUAUUAUAGCGAGAACUGUCCGCUCUUCAUCUAAACUUACCUAAUGCCCCUUUAACCAAGUAGUCACCCUUUGACAAAAUUAACACAAAGCGUCCAUUUAGAUUGGCGUGUUUCUAGAUACAACGCGAGAGUCGCUGUUAAGCCAGCACGGUGAAAAAGUCGCUGGUCGGCGACUUUGUCGUCGUACUACCUUAUCGGCGACCCGCGACUUUCACAACACGAGAGUCGCCGUUAAGCAAGUCGCCGAUUUUUUCGGCGCAUGGCUUAACGGCGACUCUCGUGUUGUGAAAGUCGCGAGUCGCCGAUAAGGUAGUACGACGAAAAAGUCGCCGAUCGGCGCCUUUUUCGUCGUGCUGGCUUAACGGCGACUCUCGCAUUAUAUCUAGAAACCCGCCGAUGUAAAUGGACGCUUUCAGCCACCAUAAGGAUUAUCUUAGAACCAGAAUAUCUUUUUGUAUGGCCCAUUUGUAUUCUUUUUUUUUUUUUUAGAGUUACAUGUAUUAUAUUAUAGUUUUCAAUAUAUAUUUAUACAAUUACUGUGUACAUAUUAAAAGAUCUUAGAGACUGUUAUUUUUUAUCACCAUGGGCCUUAUUCUUAAUUUAUGUCCAGAAUUUAUAUCCAAGACCCAGUUGGAGUUCUAGAUAAUUUUGAGUCAAAUUCUAUGAACAGAUUGUCAGUCAACCCAUUUCCUUUAAUAUUAAAAAAUAACCAUAUGAAAACAUAACAGAUUCAGUUUAAGACUGUCACUGUCUUGUUAUAUAGGUCUGGGGCCUGUUUCACGAAAUUUUAACUAAGAUAAAAUCCAAAUUUUAGUAAUUUGAUUGGAUAAUAUUAGUUUGAUUUUAGUGCUUAGCCAAUCACAAUUGAAGUAUCUACUAAAAUUUGGAUUUUAUCUUUAGUUAAAAUUUCGUGAAACAGGGCCCCGAUGAUCAACUUCAGUUUUAUUUUAAAAUAAACAGCUGGUUAGUUGUCUGCUGCUUCUAUUGACUAUUCUACCAAGAAUACUGGUGUCAUUGAUAUUUGUAAGUGGAUGAUUCUGCAUCAACAAUGCUUAGGGUUAUUAUGCAUCUAUUUUAUUUAAAUCUGAAGCUUAGAGCCUAAAAAUUGUAUGUGGAAAUACUAUGAAACGAAAACCAGAGUGUGCAUUUAAACAUUAAUUUAUGCAGUGAUCACCUUUGACAACAUAACCUAGUCAAACUUCCAUUUACGUAACUGGAUUAAUAAUUAUAAUAAUUAUAGAGAAUCUGGGAGUGCCAUUUUUCUUUCAAAUAUAUUUGGUAGUACUAUAUGUUUUAAGUGAUAAAAAAGCUUUCUCUUCAAAUAUGUUUAGCUAAAAAUGAUUAUUACAAGUUAUGAUGGUUGUGGAUUGUGAUUAUACCAAGGUUAAGAGUAUAUUUUACCUCAAAAGUUUUUUAAUGAAUUAUGCAUCUUAUAACAUAUUAUUCAUAUACUUUUAGUAGUACUGCAGUUUAUGUACAUAAUUUAAAUAUUCUUUUGCAAACAAUGGGCAUGUAUAUUAUAUAAAUUAUGAAGAAAUGAUAGAGUAAUUUUGAAAAUCCCUUAAAAUAUUGUGAGAAACGCAAGAUAAACUGUGAUAAUCGAAUUGUUUGAUUAAUCCAUUGUAGAGUUCAAAUAUGAGAAAUAUGUUGAUUUUUAUGUGUUUUUUUUAUAUAUUUCAAAUUAUUUUAUUCUUACAUUCCCCACACAAAUUAUUAAAGGCGCUUGUCUUUCA